AUGACGGCACGAGAAGAUCUCGCCCAGAUGCAGACGCUCAUGUCGGAUUUUGACAUUUCUCCAGAACGCCCAAUUUUCUUUAUUGCUGGUGGCCUAAAGAGUAGACCAUUUGAAGAUACAACGACCACUUCAACAACAACUACUACUACCACUGAAAUUCCAACAAGUCCUGCUACUGAGCCAACAACAACUUCUGGUUUAACAGAAUUCGUAACAACGGCACUAUUUGAAUCCAUUUUCGUGAGCACAACACAACAAUCAGCUCUCCAGGAAAAUGAAACUGUGCAGAUAACGACCAGCUCUGAGCUUCCUCAUUCUUCAGGACAAGCAGUAACCACUGAAUUAAUUCCAAUACCACCAGUUGACUUAGCAAGUAAUAGCUCAGAGGAAGCUACGUCACCUGCACCAGAACCGGAAGUUACCCCUUCCACAGACCCUUCUACAGAGACUUUGGUGGUAGCUAACACGAGUUUAGCAGAAGACUUGCCAGCACUAGUUCAUAAUCAAACCCGCAAAAGAAGGAGCGCAGUGGCAUUGAAUGAGCUGGUUUUUACCUCGAACGAUUUCCCUAUUCCCGGAAGAAUGGCCAGGACGGAGAAUCCUUUUAACGACAAAGAGGAGGAGGAAGCGUUCUAUCUGGAACAUGCAGUUGACAUGAGGCAAGUUGGAGAGCAAAUCAACAACCCUCAUAAAAUUGAUAGUGAGGAAGCCUCAAUUAUGCGAUUGGUCGAUGGAGUUCCGGCUGAAGAACCAUUAUUGCCUGCGGAAAAUGUAGAGAAUGUGGCAGUUACAUUGGAAAGUGAUGGAAAAAUUACUUCCCAAGUUCAGGGCAUGACAUCGGCACUCACAUCUUCCUCAGCCAUAGUAAUAGAUACUUCAGCUUCUGGUUUGGACGGGUUGGCAGCCACAGAUCAAAUACCUUCAGUGUCAGCUUUAUCGAUUGGCGAAAGUUCUCAGGAAACCUCUUCGUCAGAAGAAAUUGACAAAGGUUUAACACCGGAACCCACCGCAACAAGUGCGGUAUCCCAGCCUGGGGGUAAUGGCGUAAUUGAGACAAUAAGCAAUGGAGAGACAUCUGUUGGAUCCGAUAAUCUCCCAAUUUUACCAGAGGUGACCAAGCCAGAUGAACAGCAAGUUGUCCCAGAAGUUACGCCGCCAAUUUCCUCCGAAGUAACGCAGCCAAUUUCCCCUGAAGUUACACAACCAAUUGUCCCAGAAGUUACACAACCAAUUGUCCCAGAAGUUACACAACCAAUUGUCCCAGAAGUUACACAACCAAUUGUCCCAGAAGUUACACAACCAAUUGUCCCAGAAGUUAUGCAGCCAAUUUCUUCAGAAGUUACACAACCAAUUUCCCCGGAAGUUACACAAUCAAUUUCCCCUGAAGUUACACAACCAAUUGUCCCAGAAGUUACACAACCAAUUGUCCCAGAUGUUACACAACCAAUUGUCCCAGAAGUUACACAACCAAUUGUCCCAGAAGUUAUGCAGCCAAUUUCUUCAGAAGUUACACAACCAAUUUCCCCGGAAGUUACACAACCAAUUUCCCCUGAUGUUACACAACCAAUUGUCCCAGAAGUUAAACAGCCAAUUUCCUCAGAAGUAACGCAGCCAAUUUCUCCAGAAGUUACACAACCAAUUUCCUCAGAAGUUACGCCUCCAAUUGAAGUUACACAGCCAAUUGUCCCAGAAGUUACGCAGCCAAUUUCCUCCGAAGUAACGCAGCUACUUUCCUCCGAAGUAACGCAGCCCACCCCAACAAGUGCGGUAUCCCAGCCUGGGGAUAAUGGCGUGGUUGAGACAAUAAACAAUGGAGAGACAUCUGUUGGAUCCGAUAAUCUCCCAAUUUUACCAGAGGUGACCAAGCCGGAUGAACAUCAAGUUUUCCCAGAAGUUACGCAGCCAAUUUCCCCUGAAGUUACACCACCAAUUUCCCCUGAAGUUACAAAACCAAUUGUCCCAGAAGUUACGCAGCCAAUUUCUCCAGAAGUUACACCACCAAUUUCCCCUGAAGUUACAAAACCAAUUGUCCCAGAAGUUACGCAGCCAAUUUCUCCAGAAGUUACACAACCAAUUUCCCCUGAAGUUACAAAACCAAUUGUCCCGGAAGUAACGCAGCCAACUUCCCCUGAAGCUAUACAAUCAAUUGUCCCAGAAAUUACGCAGCCAAUUUCUCCAGAAGUUACACAACCAAUUGUGCCAGAAGUUACGCAGCCAAUGUUGUCUGUUGGAUCCGAUAAUCUUCCAAUUCUACCAGAGGCUACCAAGCCGGAUGAACGGCCAAUCUUCACAGAAGUUACGCAGCCAAUUUCUCCAGAAGUUACACAACCCUUACAGUCAGAUAUUGUCUCGGAAUUGACGCCGGAAAUUUCUCCAGAAGUUACACAACCUAUUUUUCACGAAGUUACGCAACCUAUUUCUCCUGAAAUUACACAGCCAAGUUCUCCAGAAGUUGCCCAGACAAUUUCCCAAGAAGUUGCACACAGCAUUGACCCAGAAUUAACAAAACCUACGUCUCCAGAAGUUAUCUUAGAAUUGAUGCCGGUAAUUUCUCCAGAAGUUACACAGCCUAUUGUCCCAGAAGUUGCACAAACUAUUUCUCAAGAAGUUGCGCAGCCCUUAAUGCCAGAGGUUACUCAACCUGUGCAGCCAGGAGUUAUCUAUGAAAUGGCGCCUGCAAUUUCCCCAGAAGUUACACAGUCUAUUGUGCUAGAAGUUACACAAUCCAUUGUCCCAGACGUUACGCAGCCAAUUUCUCCAGAAAUUGCCCAACCCUUUCAGCUAAAUGUUGUCUCAGAAUUGAUGCAGCCAAUUUCUCCGGAAGCUACACAGCUUAGUGUCUCAGAAGUUGCAAAACCUAUUCCUCCAGAAAUUGUCCAGAACUUAGUGCCGGAAGUUACACAACCUAUUUCUCAAGAAGGAGCCCAGCCAAUUUCUACAGAAGUUGCGCAGCCCUUACUGCAAGACGUUAUCCAUGCCGUACAGCAAGAAGUUAUCUCGGAGUUGACGCCACCAAUUUCUUCAGAGGUUACAAAGCCCGCAGAACCAGAACUUGUCCCAGAAGUCGCUCAGCCCGUUUCUCCUCAACAAUCCGAAACUGUGCAAUACAAUGCCCCAAUCAACCCAGAAGUGACACCGAUUAUUUCACACCCUGAGGAUAAAGUUCAGCCUUUCGAGCACUUAUCUGAACCUCAUGCUGAACUUGUGCAGCCUUCCUCCUUUGAAGUUGAUCAUGGUGAACCACUUACUUCGAAACCCUCGUUAAGCUUGGAAAAAAUCCCCGAAAAAGAAGUUGGGAAUCCUUUACAUCAUCCUGACUACUCAAUUACAGGACUCAAACUUCCUCAACCUUUAGUAAUUACAGAUGCUCUUAUUAAUUCUGACUUACCCGCAGAAGUUGAUGAAGCACCAAGUUUUCUGCAUGUCCCUGUUUCUGCUCCAGUAAGCAUUGACUCCAUUAUUCAGAAUCCUGAAGUUCCUGUAUCCCCACAGAUUUAUCAUGCCAUUUUGGACAUCAAUCGCAACCCGGUGGAUCCACCAAAAGUUGCCUACACGAUAAUUCCUUCGUCUUUGUCAACAGACGCUUUACAAACAAAACCAGUUCAUCACCAAACUUCUCAAAUGGCAUAUAAUUUUUUACACGAAAUUGAGAGUGAUAAUUUGAGUUCGGGCAACAAUGACAAUUCGGCCAUCAUUUCGACUGGACCAACAACUUCAUCCCCCGUUGUAAUUCCCACGACAAAGAAACAGGCACUUGUGCACUAUUUCUUUCCUGAUAUAUAA